UGUCGGGUUCUUGCUUAUAGUGGUGGUUAAAGCAAACCUCUCUCUCUCUCUCUCUUUUAUACUAUUCCUGAUUCCAACCUCUUUGUUCCAUAAUUUGAACCUUCACCAACUUUACUCCAGACUCAAUACAGCUUUAUUUAUGAAGUUGCUUCAAACCAUGCCUCAGACUGUCUUCACAGCAAGUUUUGACACAACCUAAUUUUUGGUCCACUGUAGGCUUCAGAAUAGACCCACCCUAAUGGUCUGUUCCCUGGUUUUCAUGGUAGCUUCUCUGCUUAUUUACCCGCAGAGCAGAACGUCUAGCCCCCAGCCUCCUGCGGAUACUGAGGAAGAAGAGAAGGAACAGGGUGUGGUCACGGUUAACCAGUCCCACAUGAAGAAGGCUUUUCGUGUAAUGAAUGAGUUGAGAAGUAAGAAGAUGCUGUGUGAUGUUACAAUAGUAGCUGAGGAUGUAGAAAUAUCUGCCCACCGCAUUGUGUUGGCUGCCUGUAGUCCGUAUUUCUGUGCUAUGUUCACAGGAGACAUGACUGAAAGGAAAGCAAAGACAAUAGAGAUUAAAGAUGUGGAUGGUCACACACUGAAUAAACUGAUAGACUACAUUUAUACUGCUGAAAUAGAAGUUACAGAAGACAAUGUUCAGGUCCUGCUCCCUGCUGCAAGCUUGCUGCAGUUAAUGGAUGUUCGACAGGUUUGUUGUGACUUCCUUCAGUCACAGCUUCAUCCCACAAAUUGUCUGGGAAUUCGAGCUUUUGCAGAUGUGCAUGCAUGUACUGAACUGCUCAACCAGGCCAAUGCUUAUGCAGAACAGCACUUUCCAGAGGUGAUGCUAGGUGAUGAAUUUUUAAGUUUGUCCCUGGAGCAGGUUUGCAGUCUUAUUUCAAGUGACAAGCUAACGGUGUCUUCUGAGGAAAAGGUUUUCGAAGCUGUCAUUUCAUGGAUCAAGUAUGACCAGGAAGCCCGCUUGGAAUACAUGCCCAGAUUAAUGGAACAUGUCCGGCUGCCACUUCUACCCAGAGACUAUCUAGUACAGACUGUGGAAGAAGAGGCCUUAAUCAAGAACAAUAAUACAUGUAAAGACUUUCUCAUAGAAGCCAUGAAGUAUCAUUUGCUUCCUGCUGACCAGAGACAUCUAAUGAAGAAUGCAAGGACCCGACCUCGCACUCCAGUCAGCCUCCCCAAGGUGAUGAUUGUAGUUGGAGGACAAGCCCCAAAAGCAAUCCGAAGUGUGGAGUGUUAUGACUUCCAAGAAGAUAAGUGGUACCAGGUAGCGGAGCUGCUGUCGAGAAGGUGCAGGGCAGGAGUUGUUUACAUGGCAGGCCAUGUUUAUGCAGUUGGUGGGUUUAAUGGCUCACUACGUGUCAGAACAGUAGAUGUUUAUGAUGGUGUAAAGGAUCAAUGGACAUCUAUUGCCAGUAUGCAAGAACGACGAAGCACAUUGGGAGCAGCUGUCUUGGGAGAUCUUUUGUAUGCAGUUGGAGGCUUUGAUGGAAGUACAGGCCUGUCCUCGGUGGAAGCCUACAGUUAUAAAUCCAACGAGUGGUUCUUUGUGGCUCCCAUGAACACAAGACGCAGUAGUGUGGGAGUUGGAGUAGUAGAUGGAAAACUAUAUGCAGUGGGAGGCUAUGAUGGUGCAUCACGACAGUGUCUAAGCACUGUGGAAGAAUAUAAUCCUGUCACCAACGAGUGGUGUUAUGUGUCAGACAUGAGCACACGUCGUAGUGGAGCAGGUGUGGGAGUUCUAAUUGGGCAGCUUUAUGCUGCUGGGGGUCAUGAUGGACCACUGGUGAGGAAGAGCGUGGAAGUGUAUGAUCCUUCUACCAACACUUGGAAACAAGUGUCAGACAUGAAUAUGUGCCGUAGAAAUGCAGGUGUGUGUGCUGUGAAUGGCCUGCUUUAUGUAAUUGGUGGAGAUGAUGGCUCUUGUAAUUUGUCUUCUGUGGAAUUCUAUAAUCCAACUACUGAUAAAUGGACCCUUCUUCCCACAAGCAUGAGCAAUGGCAGGAGCUAUGCAGGAGUGGCCGUCAUUGACAAGCCAUUAUGACUAGAAACACCGGUCAGCAGGAAUGCUCGACCGGUAGAAAGAACAAGAUGGCUUCCUUGGUGAUGAAACAAUCCAUUUCCUAAUCAGCACUUGGAUGGAAUACUGCUUUUUAUUUUGGUUCAGGUGACUGCAUAGAAAGAACUCAAAAUUCUGGGAAAUGGCAAAAUGCAAAAUAAGCAGAGGUAAUGACUACAGUUGUUUAAUCUUCCUCAUGCUUUAAUGAGGCUGCUACUGAUCCAGGUUAAGCUGGAAUCCUAUGGACAUUAAUCUAAAGCUAGCAAACUGUAGAACUGUGCGGAAUGAGGACAUGGCCUAUAAAACUUUAUGUUGUGGACAGACACAGUUCAUCUAAAUUUGAAAAGAAGCAAGUGGACUGUUAUGCUUAAAUCUACAAUGUAGGAUUUAUAGAUUGUACUACUGAUCUGGGAUGCACUGAAUCACAAUUUUAUGUAUGUUAUUUGUUUUAUGGAAUCUUAUUAAGAAAUGAAAUUUUAAUUAUUACUGUUUUAUUUUUUAUAACAAAUUAUAUGUUAAGGCUAAAAGUGAUUUUUUACUGUUUUAGGUCCAGAGUUAAUAGAGGAAUGUUUAAAAAAAAAAAAAAGAAAUACAUACUCCUGAGAUUUGACCUGGUAGCUUUCAUACAAAAAUCUGCCCUGUGGAUAAAAAAACUGGAAACUUCUUAAUGCUCAGAUUUUAUACAGAAAGGGUGCUUGAUAUAUCGUAACCGUGUAAACCGCAAGUACCAGCUUGCAACAAUGCUUCAAAUUCUGUAAAAUGUCUUUGAAACUAAGAACUGCAGUAGUCACGUGUGAAACAAGAAACUCCAUUGACAGAUUUUGUAUCCGGCUACACAUACAGUACAGUAAUGAGCCCCUGAACCUGACGCAAUACACUACACUGCUGUAGCUAAGAGUAUAUGGCUUUUAAUCGUUUCUGAGGUGUUCAUACUGUCUGAAGAGGUAGGUGACAGGUGUAUACACACACUUAAAAUGAAAUUCAAGCAAUUUCCAGUAGCAGUUAUAUAUUUGCCUUAAACAACACAAGCUGUUUACUUCCUAAAUUUUCACAGGCAAAAGCAAUAUACUGAACAUGUAUAACUGGGGGCUGGAUCUGCAGAUUUAUGUUUUUUCUUCACUAGAAGCUAAGCCAACCUUCCGUGAAGGCCAUUGAUUAUAGUGAUCAUUCUUGUCAUUUAGUAAAAAAUUGAUAUUACAGAAUAUGAGGCUCAUAAGGUGUAGUUUGUCACUGUUGAGCCGUCACUAAUUUACUUCAUAAGGGUUCGGUUUCACUUUUAAACAGCUUAGACAAGGGGCAACUGAAUUCCUAUUAACAGUGGAAUUUUUAAUUCCUUACUGCUGGCAUUGAGGGAAUUCAGUGGAUUGCAAGUUAUAAGAACAAUACACAGUUUUCUUGUGUUUUCCAACUGCUGGACAAAUUUGAAUCCUAAGACUGACUUACAGACAUAGGAGAACAAAAGUGUAAACUUACCAGCCCAUUAAAUUACUAGUGGGAAUUAGUCUUUAUCGCCACUCUGGAAUAGAGCCAUCUUGGACACUUAUGGGUCCAUAUAACCAUAUGAAAAAUAUAUCCAAACUACAUUGUAUAUCUAAAACUGAAGGGCAACAGGAUUUUGCUGUGUAAAACAUAUUGUAAAGUAAAUGUUUUCAAACCGCUUAAUCCAAUUAAGGAUGAUCACACAGCCUAAUCCUCAUUGAAGCCGCUCUUGUCAGGUUGCCAGUCCGUUACAAAGUCCCACAUGCACACUUCUGCACUCAGCCAGUGCCAAAUUACCAUUUGCAAAAUGAAUGCAAUUCAGUACAGCUAGAGUCUGUCAAGGUCUUUAUAGAAGCACUCAUUUUCAUAAUUGUUUUGUUGAUGCUGUCCAUGUGUACUAAAUCAGUUAAUCAAAUGUCAGCUCUUACUAUGACAUUUAUGAAUUGGCAGUCCUGGGCAGCAAAGGUGGGAGGAGAGUACCCUGCAAAGUGAGCCCCUUUUACCACCCGACACCAGUUGUGUUUAGAGUGCAAAGUCAAAAUUAUUCAAACAAUGUGUUUCUUUCAGUUUCUUGGUGCAGUGCAUUUAGAAAAUUACUUUUCUUUAUAUUUUGUUAUUUUCAGUCUUAUUCUAAAAAUGUUUAAAUUAUUUUUUCCCUAAUCAAGCAACAGUUGAUACCUGGAAUGACAAAGUAAAACAGAAUAUUAGAAAUUUUUGUAAAUUUCAGUAACAAUAAAAAACUGAAAUAUCCCAUUGUCACAAGUAUUAAGACCCUUCAUUGACUUGUUUGAUGUGACAAGCUGGCUGCACACACACAGAGAUUCAGGGAUUUUGUGACAUUCCCCUCUGCAGACCCUCUCCUGCUCUGUCCGGUUCAAUAGAAGCAGUCAGUGGAGACCCCGGUUCAAGCCUUUCCAGAGAUGUUUGAUUGUGUUGACAGGGCCACUCACGGACGUACACAGAGUUAUUCCUAAGCCAGUCCUGUGCUGUGCUGUUUGUGCUUCGUGCUUAAGGUCAGAUUCCUCUUGGAGGUGCAGAGCGAUCUGGAGCAUAUUCCCAUUAAGAAUAUCCCUGUACUUUGCUAUACUCGUCUUUCCUUCAACCCUGAGUAGUCUCCCGGUCCCUGCUGCUUAAAAACAAACCCACAGCAUGAUGCUGCCACCACCAUGCUUCAUAAUUGGAAUGGUAUUGGAGAUGAUGAGUAGUGCCUGGAUUCCUCCAGACCUGAUGCUUAGAAUUAAGGCCAAACACUCCAAUCUUGGUUUCAUUGGACCAGAGAAUCUUGUUUCACACAGCGUGAGAUUCAUUAAGAUGCUUUUUUGCAAACUCCUGAGCAGGGUUUUAUGUCGUUUACUGAGGAGAGGCUUCCGUCUGGCUGCUUUGCAUAAAGGGCAGAUAUUUGGGUGUUGCAGUGAUGGUUGUCCUCCUGGAGGUUUCUCCAGUCUCCACUGAGGUUUUUGGGAGCUCAUCCAGAGUGACCAUCGGGCUCCUCUCUUAUAAAGGUCCUCUCCUAUAAAUGUUCAUUUCAGCUUGGUGGCCAUCUCUAAGAACAGUCACAGUUGUUCCAAGCUUCUUCCAUUUAAGAAUUAUGGAUUCAACUGUGGUCUUAGAAACUUUUACUCACGUAGAAUGUUUUUGCAGCCUUCUCCGGACCUGUGCCUUGACACAAUCCUGUCUCUAAGCUCUACAGGCAGUUCCUUUAACUUCAUGGCUUGGUUUUUGUUCAACUGUGGGACCUUCUCUAGGAAGUUUUGUGUGCCUUUUUAAACAUGCCCAAUCAACUGAAUUGACCCCAGGUGGACGAAAAGAAGAAGGUGUAGAAAUGAUGAGCAAUUCAGUGGGAUGCAUCUGAGCCAAAUUUUAAGUAUCAUUGCAAAGACUCUGAAUACCUGUGUCAAUGUGAGACUUCUGUUUUGUAUUUGUAAUAAAUUUGCAAAAAUGUCUAAAAUCCUGUUUUUGCUUUGUCAUCUUGAGAUAUUGAAUGUUGCCCAAUUUGGGGAGAGAAUAAUUUAAAUGAUUUUUAGUGUAAAUAUUCAACAUUCAAAAAUCAGAAUACUUUCUAAAUGCACAUAUUUGGGACUGAAAAAGAAUCGAUGACGAGCCCACAGCUUACUUUUUUAAAACACACAUUGUAUGGCUGGGAAAGGCAGCCAUGUGGUUCAAAGCACAUAAAAUACAGGUGGUCUUCCAUUAGACAGUUAAUGGGCGUGUGUAGAUCCCCUUCAGCAUUUUGUGGUGAAAAGGUGGGCUCGGAGACCUAAAUGCCCAGGUAACAAGCAGAAGGGCUACUUACUUUACGUUUUCAAAGACACUGUGGCAUGGUGGUGCAGUGAUUCUGGGUUUCAGUUCCAAGCGUAGUUCUUGCCCAGGUGUAUUGUGUACAUUAUACCCAUGUCUGUGUGGGGUUUCCUGACACUUUCCCCAAAAUGUACGAAUUAGAAUAACUGAAAACUUCAAGCUGUCCCUGUGUGAGUGGGCCCAUGAACUCUAAUGUCCUGUUCACAGCUGUUUCUUGCCUUAAGCUUAAUUCUGCAGGGAUAGGCUUUGGCCCACCACAAGCUUCAGUUCCAUUAUGUGGGUAUGAGUGGGUAAUGAGUUCAGCACAAACAUUCAUUUAAUGACAAUUCAAUCUCAUCCUGCAUCCACAUGGCUGGCCAUCUACAAUUCAGACCAAAGGUUUUUGAUUGUGUUCAAGCUCAGACAGUGACUUGCUCCUUUUGCUUUCAGUCUACACUUUUUGUUGAUUUUUGUGGGGUGCUAAUAAUUAUGCUAAAAAGUCCACUUGCCAUGCCUCUAAAACUUCCUAAAAAAGGCGGUCCACUUUUACAAUUUAUUCAGAUGUAACAUCCUAUUACUUCUUUGCACUCAUGAACUGAAAAGCAGGAAAACGGGGCCACAUGUUUAAUGAUCUACUUCCAUACCUUCAUAAUGUUUUUUUCUUUGUCUGUAACCUUAUUCUGAUGCCAAAUGCACUAAUGGUUUGAUUGGUCAAAGAAUUCCAUUUUUGGGCACUGUAGACCAAAACAUUGUUUUACUUUGAGUGCCAAAACUACUUAACAACCAUUUGUCAGUGAAGGCUUACUUCUUGCAAUCCUUUUGUCCAAACCUACUCUGUAAUUGUUGCUGAGGAGACUUAGUGACCCUUCAAAUAAAGGCAGAUGCUGCAGUUCCCCAUUUA